AGGGAUCCCACCCCUUCUCUGUGUUUUCACUCUGAAGCUCUACACAACUUUACACCUGACUGAAUGCCAAACCUCUGUGAAUAUAUAAAGGGAACCUUGAGGAGGAAUUUCAGUUACAGUGCUGAAGCAGAAGGGAAGGAAUUAACCAGCUCUUCAGCCAAGCAAAUCCUCUACUCAGCAUGCUUCCUCCUGCCAUUCAUUUCUAUCUCAUUCCCCUUGCAUGCAUCCUAAUGAAAAGCUGUUUGGCUUUUAAAAAUGAUGCCACAGAAAUUCUUUAUUCACAUGUGGUUAAACCUGUUCCAGCAAACCCCAGCAGCAACAGCACGUUGAAUCAAGCCAGAAAUGGAGGCAGGCAUUUCAGUAACACUGGACUGGAUCGGAACACUCGGGUUCAAGUGGGUUGCCGGGAACUUCGUUCUACUAAGUACAUCUCGGAUGGCCAGUGCACCAGCAUUAGCCCUCUGAAGGAGCUGGUGUGUGCUGGUGAGUGCUUGCCCCUGUCUGUGCUCCCCAACUGGAUCGGAGGAGGCUAUGGAACGAAGUACUGGAGCAGGAGGAGCUCCCAGGAGUGGAGGUGUGUCAAUGACAAAACGCGCACCCAGAGGAUCCAGCUGCAGUGCCAAGAUGGCAGCACGCGCACCUACAAAAUCACGGUGGUCACCGCCUGCAAGUGCAAGAGGUACACCCGGCAGCACAAUGAGUCCAGUCACAACUUUAAGAGUGUGCCGCCUGCCAAGCCAGCCCAGCAUCACAGAGAGCGGAAAAGAGCCAGCAAAUCCAGCAAGCAGAGCAUGAGUUAGAACUCAGACUGUCAAAACUGGACUGACUAGUAACCAUCUGCUUUACAGAUCUGAUUGCCUGGACGACUCAAGCCUGCCAUUGCUAUUUUCUCACUUGAAAAUAUAUGCUUUCUGCUUUGAUCAAACCCAGCAAGCUGCCCUAAGUAACAGGACCUUCUUUGGAAAUAGUUUUUGCUUUUCAAGUUUUGCAAGAUGUAGCUAUAUCCAUGCAUGCAGUUUGCAUUGAAAUUCCACGCAUCCUGUUGUUUUAACCCCCAGUGGUUUUUAAAAGACUGGUGAUACUAUAUAUAUCAUUGAAUCAUUACACUUUAAAACAGAAAAGAGCCUGUCAAUUACCCUGCAUCUCCCAAAUCCCCAGCAUAAGCACACAGACGAAAACCCCUUCAAAACUGAAAUGUUAAAAAAAAAAAUGUUGUCAUGAAUCUUCACAGUAACAUUUCAGAAAGGUGCUUUUUUUGGGUAAUUUUCAUAAGAACAGUUUAGCAGUCACAAGUGCCCUCCCUUUGAAAGAAAAUUAAAGACUUUGUGACAUUUCACUUCAAAAACAAGCCCCGUAGCUUUUUACAGUUUCAUAGUAUGAAAUUAUGCCUGCAUGCUGACCCUCACUUGUAAUGGAAUGCUAGAAAUGCAUGGCAGCAGCUAAUAAGUAAAGCUGAUUAUUUAUUUGUCAAUGUUAUUAUUUAAUGAAAUUUCACAUGUGAUUUUUUUCAAAAUGUUAAUUUUUAUGUUUUGAAGCUUUUUCAUGUACCUAAAUAUUUUCCUAUAUGAUUUGUGAUUGAUCUAGAAAUAUGAGAAUACAUUUUGUAGAUAUGUAAAAUAAAUAUUUCAGUCUCCUUAUUACACGUUUCAUCAUGAACUUUAUCAGUAAUAUGGAUCUUUUUAAUCAAUAUGAUGCUUCAUAAAGCUGAAAUAUGUAAUGCUUUCUUGUCUAAUCUGUGCAAUCAGAAGGUGACUUAACCUUCAAUUCCAUCAAUUUCUUAAAAAAAUAAUAAACACUGCUGAAAGUUAUUUUCCUUGCCUCUAGCAUGCAUAAAAAGGUGCGUGUAGUUUGCAAAAUUGCAGAAUAAACUUACAAG